AUGCGGACCUUCGCGUUCCUUCAACCGCUGCUGCUCUCUCUGCUGCUCGGCAGCGCGUCGGGGGCGGCGAUUCGCGCGCUCGACGGCUCUGGUCGGCCCGUGGCCUGGUGGGCGGUGCUCAAGCUGCCGGCGCACGUCAGAGGCCCUGCAACGGACCCACCGCACGCGGUGCCGACGCCGUGCGACUGCCCCGUGCCCGACUGCCGCCACGUCCCGACCGACGGCUGGGCCGCACUCAAAGAGAGAGCGACGGGACUCUGUUACCUCUACGCGGACGCGCGGGACCCGACGUUCCGCUACUUUCGGGACAUUGGCUACGAGUGUUUGGGUCAGGGGGGCGCCGACCCCGUGAGUCGGACGCUCCAGCAGCGCGACGCCGCGAGUCGGCCGUACUGGGCGCUGUUCAACGACCAGUUCAAUGGCAUUGCGGCCGCGUUCGCAGCAGCCGAAGCGGACGACGGCGCCGAGUCGCACGUGUGCGGAGGGGCCGACGCCUUCAAUGCGCACGCGAAAGGGGCCGUCGUGUUCGCGCGGGACGCGAGUGGCGGCGUGUUCCUCCAGACGUCGACGCCCAACUUCCCCGACCCGACGCGGAACGACUCGUUCGUGCCCCUCGGCUGCCAGCGGGACAACAACGUGGCCUUUGCCCAGCACGUGGCGGCCUUCUCGCUCGACGAUCGCGAGCUGACGACGCUCGGCGAGCACCUGCAGCUCGCGCGGCUGUGCUCGGGGAACGUUUUCCGGAACAAGUCGCUGCAUGCGCUUCUGGGCAGCGCGACGCUGAACGAAGACGGCGUCGCGCACGCGAACACGAGUGCGGCCGCUUUCUAUGGUGCGCUCCUGGAUCCCCAUCUGCCCGAGCGCGAGUCGAUGAAGGCCGCGUUUCGACUCAAGUUGGCCCGAGGGACCGACGACGACGACGAGCGACCGGAGACGGUCCGUCGUGGGUUUGAGCCCCUUGCGGAAGAUCAGACCCUCAUGGGUUUAGUUGAUGACGACGAUGACAGAGCCGACAGAGAAGCAGGAGAUGAGGACGAAGAAGUUUUGGUCCUUGUCAAGAGCCCUCGGGCUGUAGUGCCGCCCUGGGCACUGGUAGCGGAGCUGCUCGACUCGGACAUCAGUGUCGCUUCGUGGUGGGACGGCAGCUACGGCAUUCCGACCAUUUGCGGUGGCGACGUCUUUGCCCAUUCGCCCCACAGCUUUUGCCUGGACGACCCGCCAGCAGGUGUCGCGCUGGACGCCGACGGCUCUGCUCCCUACAACAUUGAGAACCUCAUGCAAGCGACGUGGCACCUGAGCGACGGCAGUGCGAAUCUGACCUGGCAACUCGUUGGCGGUCGAGUCCCCGAUGGCAAUCACGCAAAAUGGGGCCUAACGACGCCUCGAUCCGGUAUCGUGAACGCCUCGAACGCCUACGUGACGUUUGGGGACCUCAACAUGGAGGGCUUUCCGUGCUCCAGGACAUGCAGUGGCUCGCAAGCAGGUCGAGGCGGCAGCUUCUUCUCCCUCAUGCGUCCGCGACUGCACGCGAGUUUAGCGCGCUCGAUCGUCUCAGGUGCUUGUCCAUGUACCUCUUCGUCUGCUGCUGUCACUGCAGUGCAUCAAGACGCCAACGCAAUGCCUGACGGAUUUCUGCGGAACGACUCUUCGUUUCUGCUGUACGAAACACUACGCAUGUGUCAUCGCGGAUGUGUCAAGAAGCUCGAGGCGCAUCUGGAGGCGACCGAGUUGCCAGCAUUGAGUGCGACUGCAUCGUCCUUCUGGCUCAAGUAG